AUGCCCUUGCAGGUUACGGGUGGAUGGACAGAUACGAAAUGUAAGGAUUUGUCCUUCGCAUCGUGGUCCUCGACCAAAGGUACCUGCGGAACCAAGGCGCUGGAUGGAGUACUGGUCGACGGUUGUUACUACCACAUGUGCAAGAAGGACGUUUCCGGCGACCAUGAGAUAAUGAUUCCCUUGGAGGCAAGCGAGUGUACCGGUAUCUCUUUGAGUCAAGCUCAGAGUCUGAUCGACAUGGAUGGCCUCCACUUUACGGACGUCAAUGGCAAAAACAGGACAGCCACCGCAGAUGAGGUCACCGUCAUCGGUGUGCACUACGGAGCCUUCUGGCUUGGAUCGGGCGUAUGCACCGUGACCCGCACGGACAAGUGCCUACCAGGUUUCAUUGUCAACAAGAGCACGGUGGUCCUCUUGAAAGAUAUGUCCAGCAUGUUCGUCGUGUAUGACGUGACGGAUCCCAGCGAUUUCAAGUCCUACAAACCCGACUUCGCAGCGGGAACCCUUACGGAAGCCAACUUACCAUCAGGGGUUGUCUACGACUUGUAUCGCAGCAAGGAGGCGCUGAACGCUGCGACCUGCGGGGGAAGCCGCGACAUCAUGUUCUCCGACCGUUUGGUUGGUUCUAUAGUUCUUGCUUCUCUGAGCCUUUGUUUGCGACUCUAUUGCCUGUGCCGUCGGAGGAGGCUCGCAGCGUCUCACAAUGUCCCGGGAACCGAACUUGUCUCGAAUCAGGCAUGA